AUGACGUUCACACCGGACGCUUACAAGAUGUGGAAUGACGUGAAGCGGAGAUUUUCGAUUGGGAACACGGUGCGCGUGCAUCAGCUGAGAGCAGAACUAGCAGGGUGCAAGCAAGAAAGUUCAAGCAUGCUGGACUACUUCGGACGGCUCUCAUCUAAGUGGGAGGAACUGCUGAACUACAAGCCCCUUCCGGCGUGUACCUGCAGAGCUUCGGCGAAGAUCAGCCAAGACUACGAAGAAGAGAAAGUCCACAUGUUUCUCAUGGGGCUUGAUGACGCACGGUUUGGUAAUGUCUGCACCAAUAUUAUUGGGUUGGAUCCGUUACCAGAUUUAAACUCUGUUUAUCAAAGAGUCGUGCGAGAAGAGAGGAGACUUCUUUCAACUCGUGUCGAGACAAGGCAAGAUGCUGUUGGUUUUGUGACCAAAACAGAGCCGUCUCAGACGGGGCACGAGAAGAAAGAAUGCUGGCAGAUCAUUGGGUUUCCUGACUGGUGGACUGAGCGUAACCAAGGGGGAGAUCGGAGCGGACGAGCCAGAGGAGGUAGAGGUUGUGGACGCAGUAACCAGCCACGAUCAAAUGCAAUGCAGGCUCAACCUUCUGGUGGGAGGAAUAUUCCUACUUUGACGGCGGACCAGUGGGCCUCGUUGACUGCACUCCUGGAGCAGCAGAGGUCACACCCGAUACCAGAUAAACUAAAUGGUAAGAAACAGAUGGGAGAGGUUAUUCUCGAUACUGGAGCAUCACACCACAUGACUGGAGAUGCUCGUUUGCUCAGUGAUAUGUGUGAUGUCGUUGGUUGCCCAGUAAGGUUUGCAGAUGGAAGUGCAGUUCAGGCUACUCGCUGUGGUGUUCUGCGACUGUCGGAGAAACAGAUAUUGCCUAAUGACCGUUUUACGAGGACCCUGAUUGGACCCGGUGAAGAACGGAACGGUGUGUAUGUUUAUCGAGAUGUGACAGUCAGGCAAGCCUCGUGUGGUGCUGUCUAUUUCGUGACGAUCGUAGAUGAUUACUCUCGAGCAGUGUGGAUACAUUUGUUACUCGAAAAAUCGGAAGUGAAAAUCGUCUUGCCAAAUUUUUGUAACCUUGUGCUUCGUCAGUUUGGGCAUCCAGUUCGGACUGUACGUAGCGACAAUGGGACGGAGUUUCUUUGUUUGUCGAAGUAUUUUGCAGAGAAUGGGAUUGUGCAUCACACGUCUUGUGUAGCAACUCCACAGCAGAAUGGUAGAGUGGAGAGGAAGCACCGACACAUUCUCAACGUUGCGAGAUCAAUAAUGUUUCAGGCAAAUCUUCUGAUCAAGUUCUGGGGCGAGAGUGUUCUCACCGCAGCGCAUGUGAUAAACCAAACCCCUUCUAGUUUUCUUCACGGUAAAUCACCCUACGAAUGCUUGUAUGGAAAGCGUCCGUCAUAUGAGAGUCUUAAAACGUUUGGGUGUCUUUGCUUCGCUCACAAGUCAUUGCGUGACAAAGACAAGUUCAAGGCUAGAAGCAGGAGAUGCAUCUUCGUUGGCUAUCCCUUCGGCAAAAAGGGAUGGAAGUUAUACGAUUUGGAUAGUGAAGAGUUCUUUGUCUCGCGUGACGUGGAGUUUGUCGAGACUUGA